UAUUAUAUGUAUCGCUAAUAAGACUCGAAAUGAAUACCCGCACUAUAAAUAUCGUCUUUGCUCAGAUAAUACGCCAAUAGACGACUCGUUCUUUGCUGGUUGGAGAGAUCUCUACUCCGCUCAAUCCACACCGCUCCUCUUCAAUUUGCAGAGAUGGGGUUGUCUUUCACCAAGCUUUUCAGCCGGCUGUUUGCCAAGAAAGAGAUGCGCAUAUUAAUGGUUGGUCUUGAUGCUGCUGGUAAAACUACCAUUCUCUACAAGCUCAAACUUGGAGAAAUUGUCACCACAAUUCCUACUAUUGGAUUCAAUGUGGAGACUGUGGAAUAUAAAAACAUUAGCUUCACUGUUUGGGAUGUUGGGGGCCAGGACAAGAUCCGUCCACUCUGGAGGCAUUAUUUCCAGAACACUCAGGGCCUAAUCUUUGUUGUUGACAGUAAUGACCGAGACCGUGUUGUUGAAGCAAGGGAUGAACUGCACAGGAUGUUGAAUGAGGAUGAAUUGAGGGAUGCUGUUCUCCUGGUGUUUGCCAACAAGCAAGAUCUUCCCAACGCAAUGAAUGCUGCUGAAAUAACUGACAAGCUGGGUCUUCACUCCCUCCGCCAGCGCCAUUGGUACAUCCAGAGCACAUGUGCAACUUCUGGUGAAGGGUUGUACGAGGGGCUGGACUGGCUUUCAAACAACAUUGCUAACAAGGCUUGAAGCCCUCAGUCCAAGGGGAAAAUGCAUCAUAGGCCUUCUUUUAUUUGUUGCGUCUUGCUGAAGCUUUAUGUGUCUUCCAUGACUCCUUUUAAGAAACCGUCAUAUUUUGACUCCUUUUACGAAACAUUAUCAUAUUUUGACUCCUGUUAAGAAACAUUGUCAUCUUUCCCUUGCAGUUCUCAAUAAAUUGUAGAUUUUUGUCAAA